AUGAAUAUAGCUCGCAGGAUAUGUACUACACCCUAUCAAAAUGUCAACAAAAGUUUGUACAGAAAAUUUAAAACCUCAGUCGCUCAAUACGAAUCCUCCGCUCACACGCAGCCGCAAAUUCAAGAAGAGAAAUUCGAUUUCGAGGAUUUAAAGGUACUAGAGCGGACGGAGCGUCGGAAAGCACAAAUACCGCCAUUCAUGAAAAAUGUAUUCUUAUCGGUGUAUAACCGCGAUUUGCUAGCAUAUCCCGAGAUUUUGAACAAGGAGGAAUCAGAAGCGCUAGAUGAGAGAGUUGCGGCCCUAGAUAGAGUCUUCUCCGACCCCGAUAAAACAUUGGAAGAUCGGAAAAACGCAUUGAAAGUCACGAAAAUGUACGCUGCUCCUGUAAGCCUCACAAACAACGGUCUAGCGAUAAACCAUACGGAGAGUUUGCGUUAUCUAGAGACGAUAGGUGCAGAUUUGCAGCUUGGGCAGGAGAUAAGCGACCAUUGGGUUAGCCUAAAUGCCCUAAAGCUGGGUUUAACCGAAGACACACAUCAAAAGAUUAUUGACCAUAUGACAUCAGGUGAACAUACCAUUGCUCUGUGUAUAAAAGAAAGGAUAGCUGAGCGUAUAACACAGGCGGACUUUAGAACUUCUGCAGCUCUGGAUGAGAGGAGUGUAUGGCGCAUAACCGGCGAGAAAAUCUGCAAGAGCACCUCCGGCUAUUAUUUGGUGCUGUGCGUUGCGGAAACUCGCCUAAAGAUGUUCCUGGUGCAUCCCGAUGCCGAAGGAGUGAGUCACGAUGACACUUACGUCACGUUCAGAAAGACACCAGGAACACCCCUGGACAUGGUCACAGAGGACCUCCUGGCAAGAGCUCUUGGCGUCUCGCGACUCCAUACAGCUGCCCUCAUCCGUUGCAGCCUCCUGCAGGCCAUACGGAAGAUAUCGGGGUACAUCCAGCCUAGGACUUUCUCUGGGAAACCACUGUCAGAGGUCACUACUAUACGAGCGGUGGUGGGAGACGCUUUGCUGACGGCCUACGCCUCGGAGAGUGCGGAGUACUUCACGGCCGGUCUACUGGACGGCUACUUGGAGCCGGACGCCGACCUGGAGGUGGCCAUGUGCAGGAACUUCAUCGCUGGAGCAGGCCUGGGCUCGCUCCUGAAGCUGAUAGCCAUACCAAACGUCGAGAUGCAGUCGGAGGGUCGGACCCUGCUGGAGAAUCUCCGAUCGCUCACCCUCAGGGGGGAGACGGUAGACAGCGUGAACAUGUUCAUCGCGCUGAACGGGAUACACCACGCGGGCAAGGCGAUGUCGCAGGAGAUCCACCAGAUGAGGAACCCGGUGUUCCACCCCACCUUCAUCCUGAAGAAGCUCUUCAGUGACAGGCACCAGGAGAGGGACCAGCCCAAGCUGACCCUGCGGCUGGCCGAGCACCUGCACCCCUCGCUGAGGGUGCCCUCGGAGCACCUGGAGUACUGCGUGCUGAGGAUGAAAUGGGCCUGCGAGACCAUGAUGGCCCGCCACGGCGUGGAGGUGCCCAGAGCCCACCUGGAGCUGAACAGGCUAGCGGAGGCUGCUUCGGAGAUCCUCGUCAUUUCGGCGGUGCUCGCGAGGGCGUCCAGGGCCUACUGCAUCGGUUUGAGGAACUCGGAGAAUGAGAUGAAACUCGCCUCCUGUUUCGCGGAGCAGUCCAGGAACAGGGUCCAGAGACUGAUCAAGGAGAUUGACGAUGGGGAGUAUUUGAACCUGGACCGGUUUGUGGUCGAGUUUGGGAAGAAGGCCCUCGAAGGUGGAACACUUUGCGAGAAGGCAACUGCGAGGGUGUUCUGG